AAUUGAUAGGUUGGAGGGAAGUAUGUCUGUGCUGAUUGGCCUAUUUACCAGCAAUCUAGCCAAUCUGCAGAUGGAUGCAGCUUGCUGUUUACACGAACUUUCACUGUCUACUGAUCCUGAUGUGGUCGAAGCAUGCUUGCCAGCAACCUCUUAUCUCCUGACUUACCUCUCCGGACACAGUGUAGCUCUCAUGGAGCUGUGUUUAUACACAUUAGGGAACUUAGUAGUUGAAAUGAAAGCUGUGAAAAAGCAUCUUCUACCUCAGGGCAUCAUCCCAGUGUUGGCAUCCUGUAUCAAGUCUCCUCAUGUGACGAUACAAGAAAGUGUUGGCUAUGUUCUGUCACAACUCUUGCAAUCCAAGGAAGCUCCAGCUGAAAUCAUACCGUUGCUCUUAGAAUCCACCCUCCCUCAACACAUGCUUCACUUGGUUUGUUCCAGACUGCAAGAUGGAAUAGGAACUGCAGUGGAAUGUGCAUGGGGUCUUCACUACAUUAUUUGCAGCCAAGUGAACAAUCCAUUGCUGAUUUCCCAAAGGACAGUGCCAUCCCUAGUGCAACUGUUGCUGGAAUUGUCCUCUCUGAUAGCAACAACUUCUGUUGAGGGUCUAGAAUUGUUGAUAUGUCCUGUUGUGCGGUGUGUUGGCAAUCUUCUUGCAGAAGAUAAAGCAAAUAAUGAUGAACUUGUAAUAAAGGAAGAGUGCCUUCUGAAGGCCUUGUUUGUCUUUAUGCAGUAUUUCCUUCCCAAACACACUUUCGUUGUACGCGAAUGUCUGUGGCUCUUGAACAACCUCACUGUUCACAGCACCACAUUUUGUUCUGCUCUGCUCAGCCUAGAAGUUUUUUCUGAUCUGUUGAAACUGUUAGGUUCUUACCAGAUGAUCAACUUGCUGGCUGCCAUUGACUUUGUAAAUCAUUCCGGACUACAUGCCUUACAGCAGCAUCAAAAUAACCUACAUUUACAAGAGCAAGUCAAAGUGCUAAUUCAAACAGUUAGCCAGAUAACUGCUGUUCCUCAAAAUAAACCCCUUGGAACUGAAAAUCUUCAUUUUAUUUCGUGACAAAUGUGAAGCAAUUACAUAUGUAAAUGAACGAUAUUAAUUUGUUGCCAACAAAUUUUAAACAAAACCCUUUGAAUAGCAGUGUGUUUU